GGAAAAAUAAAGAACUUAAAUAUGUAGUCAAUUCAGACACUAAAGAAAAAGGUACCGUGGUCCCACUGUUUUGUUGGCAUGGCACACUUUGAAGUAUCAUGUCUUUCAGUACGAUGGUAUUAAGGUACAAUUACUAUCUGAUACCAUUAAGGUACCAUGGUACCACCACAGUAAUUUGUUGUAAGGGGUAAAUGGAUCAAGUUAGGUAUAACCUACGGACCUUAUUUGAGGUUGCGCAAUACUUAAAGCAAUAUUUCUGGAUCAAAAUAAAUUACGCUUAAUCAACUGAAUGUGGCAUAACAUUGAUUACCACAAAAACGUAUUUUGACCUGUCCCUCCUUUCUUUAAACAAAAGCAAAAUUCUGGGUAACAAUGAGGCACUUACAAUGGAAGUGAAUGGGGCCAAUCCGUAAACGUUACAAUACUUGCAGUUUCAAAAGUAUUGCCACAAGACGUAAACAAUAUGUGUGUUAACAUGAUUUUAGUGACAAAACUGCCUACUGACCUUAUCUGUGUAAAGUUAUAUCCAGUUUUACAACUUUGUUGCCAUGACGAUGUAAUGCCGUAAACCCUAAAAUGACUGAAAUAGCUAGGGAUGCACCGAUGUAUCGGCUGCCGAUAUUAAUCAGCCAAUUAUUGACCAAAUUAAAACCAUCGGCAUAUUGGUUAUAAGCAUGAAAAUGCAGAUAUGGAAAAACUAUGGUUUAUUUAUAACUAAUUAGUAACACACUUUGUAAAAACACAUGUAAUUUUUUUUUAUUCUUUCUCGUUCUUAUGUUAAUGCGGAAAAACCGCCAUAAAAGGACGUGACCAUGUAGGCUGCAUGAUGAGAGAAACCAUCCAAAACUUUGAUUUCUGAGACAUUGCAUAACAUCCAUUAAUGCUGCAUGAUUGAUUGAAUUAAGAUUGAAAUCGCAACAUGGCCUUGUGCGAUUACUAAACCUUAAAGGCUAUGUUUCAAAAUAUAGUCUUCAUUCAGCGCUGUUUGAGCAAGUGGCACAAUCUGGCAGUCUUGAGGCGUCGUGAUGAAUUGUGUCUGCUUGUAAAAUAGAGUCCGCAUCUGAUGUCAUAGCGACUUUUAAUGAGUACUAUAUUCACUGCCUGAGUAAAAAUCCUACAAAAUUAUUUUAUGAUGCAUGUCAAUACAAAUUUGAAAAUAUGAUAUUAAAUGACUUCUAAAUAAUUUGUUACACAUAAUAGUAUAUUGCCAAAUCUAUAGAUCGUGAAAUUAAACAUUUCUUGUUCUGUGUUUUCAGUUCGCUUCCAUUUGGCAAGCUAUCUGCUACAGAAUUACUGAACCACAAAAUAUUUCACAUAUUUAACACACCUUACAAUCUUAUGACCACCAGCAAUUAUGAUGGAAAAACCAUUGUGCCAUCAGCAGUUACCCCCUGGGGAGUCUAUUUCAUGGGCGAACACAAUAAUGACAUUAUCAUGACAGCGGCUUUGUCCAUUAUCCCAAUAAAAUACAGAAUUUAAAAGGGGGUUUUGUUUCUUUAGUUAAAGGUGCACUCAGUAAUCCAAUACACUUUUUGUCAAAUUUUGUAAAUAUCUCCUCACAGUCUGCUAGCUGUCUGUUCUGUGGGUGGGCUGAAAAAACAUCUAGUAUUUGUACACAGCCCUGGCUCUGUAAAUGGGACAAAAAAGAUGGAUCAGACCGAUCCACACAACACUACUCCAGCCAAUCAGCAACAGGGGGUGGUUCUUGCGUGAGCACAGGAUAGGGAGUGGGGGCAGAGCGACGGCAAAUCUGGCCAAUACAAACUUUCUAAACUCCAAGGACAACAAAUGGCUGAGAAACAGAUCAAGAGAAAAAGGUCAGAUGAAUAUACACUAAAAAAGGAUUAUGAUAAGUCGAGGGCUAGGAGACGCGUCAACAUCGGCGAGGCUUUUCAGCGGUGGAGAGACCAGGGGGAAAUCUGCACCAUGGGGGAUAUUUACAUAUUCACAGUAGAUCUUGGUGAGUUUUCACCAGAAGAAGUGAUUGUUACUUCCACCAAUAACCUCAUACAAGUCUGUGCUGAAAAGUUGGCAUCGGAUGGCACAAUUGUGAACAAUAUUUGUCAAAAGUGCCAGUUCCCUGGUGAAGUGGAUCCAAUGUCAAUCACAUCUUCUCUUGGGACAGGUGGAGUUUUGAGUAUUAAAGCUCACAAAUGCACUACAAAAGGCCUGGCAAUCAUGGAAUCAAGCAAAGAAGUUGCUGAUGCAACAGUGACGUCCGACUUUUUACUGACACCUAUCGGCGUUGAUGCAAUAUCACACAAAUGCAGACGUAGAAGUUGUCAGACCUAUUUGUUGACUAAGACUGAGAAAAAGUGAGUACCAUGAGGGGCCUUAUGUAGAAUAAAACAGUUUUGUCUACGCCUCUGACAUGACAAUAAUAAUAAUAAUAAUUAAAAAAAAGUACAUUUAAUUUCUUAAGGUAUACUUUGGAAAAAAUAUU